AUGGAGCCCGAGGAGCGCAAGAUCUCGGUGUGGAUCUGCCAGGAGGAGAAGCUCGUCUCGGGGCUGUCCCGCCGCACCACCUGCUCGGACGUGGUGCGGGUGCUGCUGCAGGACAGCCACGAGCGGCGCGCGCCGCUGCCCGCGCCGCCCGGCGCGAUGCUCUCGGGGCCGCCGCACUCCUACUGCAUCGUGGAGAAGUGGCGCGGCUUCGAGCGCAUCCUGCCCAACAAGACGAGGAUCCUGCGCCUCUGGGUGGCCUGGGGGGACGAGCAGGAGAACGUGCGCUUCGUGCUGGUGCGCAGCGAGGCCUCGCUGCCCAGCGCGGGCCCGCGCAGCGCCGAGGCGCGCGUGGUGCUGAGCCGGGAGCGCCCGGCGGCGGCGGCCGCGCACGAGCGGCAGCGGCGCGCGGUGCGCAAGGCCUUCCGCAAGCUCGCCAAGAUCAACCGGCGGCGGCCCGCGGCGGCCCGCGAGGCGCCCGCCGCCGAGCGCAUGGAGACGCUCGUGCACCUCGUGCUCUCGCAGGACCACACGAUCCGGCAGCAGCUGCAGCGGCUCCGCGAGCUCGACCGCGAGAUCGACAGGUACGAGGCCAAGAUCCACCUGGAGCGCAUGAAGCGCCACGGCGUCAACUACGUGCAGGACACCUACCUGGUGGGGCCGGGCGGCGCGGAGCCGGCGCCGGGGCCCGGGCCGGGCGCGGAGCCCCCCGGCGCCCGGCGCCCCGAGGAGGACUACGCGAGCAAGUGCGCGGAGGUGCUGCGGCUGCAGGAGCAGCGCGCGCAGCAGGAGGAGCUGCUCGAGCACCUGGCCGCCGAGAUCCAGCGGGAGCUCAACGAGCGCUGGAUGCGGCGGCGGCGGGAGGAGCUGGCGCUGGCCGCGGGGCCCGGCCUGGCCGACACGGACUGCGACACCACGGAGCUGAGCGGCGGCGGCGGCGAGGGCGAGCUGCACCUGGAGCACGAGCGCGUCAAGACGCAGCUGAGCACCAGCCUCUACAUCGGCCUCAAGCUGAGCACGGACCUGGAGGCGGUCAAGAGCGACCUGGACUGCACGCAGCGCGCGCGGGACGCCAAGGAGCGGGAGCUGCAGCGGCUGCUCGCCACGCUGCGCGCGCUGGACGUGGCGGGCGGCGCGGGCUGGCUGGAGCAGGCGCGCGCGCUGCGCAAGGAGCGCGCCGACGACGGCGACGACUCGGACACGGGGCUCAGCUCCAUGCACAGCCAGGACUCGGACUCGCUGCCCGUCUGCGAGUCCCUCGUGUAG